ACUCUUCCGGUAACAAAAUAGAGACAGAGAGAGUGAAGAGACAACAGAGAACCCAGCUGCAUGCUCUGUAUUUCUCAAUACCCUGUUCUGUCCGUACUCUAGCUUCUCUUCGCUUUCUGGUUUCCUUUGAUAACAAAAGCUUGUUGUGUUCUUCUCUGGGAAGUGUGGAGUCCUCUUAUGGAUUAUAGACCUGUAUCAACAAGAACAAGGGCUAAGAGAGACGAAGCUCUGUUGGAAAGAUAUUGGGAGCUGAAGGCUAACAGUGGGGAAAUUCCAGCAAGGAGUAAGAAAAUGCGAAGGUCCAACCAGCAGGCUUCCCAUUCUCAUGUUGGUGAGUCCAGCUCUAGGAAACAAAAUUUUGAGUGGUUAAGUGAUGAUGUGGAAUCCCUCGAAAACCAUGAUAAUGUUUCAAAGAGCUUUGAUUCUCGAGAGAGUGUUAUAAAGAAAAGUGGGGGAAAGGGAAAGGGGAAAGGAGCUGCGGUUGGCUUGAAGAGAAAGAGAAGUGAUGAUAGCAAAAAUGAUGGUUGUAAACAUUGGAGGGUUGUUUCAGAUGAUGGGGUUGAGGUUGUCGAUUUAGUGGAUAGUGAUGAUGAUGAUGAUGAUGAGGUAGUAGUUUUGAAAGGUAAAGAGGGAGGAGGAGGAGUUGAUGAUGUGAAUGAUGGUAGAAAUUAUGAUGAUGUUGUUGAUGUAAGUGAUGAUGAUGAUACUGAUGAUGAUGAGGAGGAGGAGGUUUCAUCAGCAGAGGGAGGCAACAGUAGUGAUGAAAGUGAGUUCUUGACAGAGGAAGAUUCGACAGAUGAAGACUAUGAUGAGGGAAGUGUUUCCUCAUCAGAUGAAGACAGUAGUGAGGAGGAAAAGAAAGAGGAGACUGAGAUAACAGCAGAGAAGGAUGAGAAAGAGUGCAAAGAAGAAAGUGUGGAGAUUUUCUUAAAGAGAAAGAGCAGUGCUAAUGUGGAUGACCUGCAAUCUUCUUGUGGUCAGGAUAUUAAUAAUGAAAGAAGUGAGACAGUGAGCAAAGUGGAAACUGCGAAGCUUGUUCCGGAAGGAAUGAUCACUGAUGAUGGUGAUGAUCUGCAUUCUUGCUCUGCUCAGAAUGCUGAUGUCAGAAGUGAGCAAGUGCAGAAGGAAGAAAGUCUCGGGAUUUUUCCUAAAGGAAAUGCUAAUGCUGAUGGGGAUGAUCUACAUUCUUCUUUUGGUCAUGUUAUCAUUGACAGAAGUGAGAAACUGGUGCAGGCAGAGAGUACUUUCUUGGCUGAAGAGAGAACUGGGUGUGAUAAAAGUGAUGAUUGCAAGGAUGGGAGAGUGUGGAGGAAAGAAGAAAGUGUUGUGAUUGGUUCGAAUGAAAACAGAAGUGGUGAUGUGGGUGAUCAAUGCAAACACUCUGAAGGGGACAGAAGUGUUGAUUACAAACAAGGGAGAGUGUGGAAAAAAGAAGAAAGUGUUGCGGUUGGUUCGAAGGAAAACAGAAGUGGUGAUGUGGGUGAUCAAUGCAAACAGUCUGAAGGGGACAGAAGUGUUGAUUACAAACAUGGGAGAGUGUGGAAGAAAGACGAAAGUGUUGGGGUUAGUGGUGAUUACAAAUAUGGGAGAGUGUGGAAGAAAGAAGAAGCUGUUGGGGUUAGCUUGAAGGAGAAGGGAAACAGAAGUGUUGAUGUGCAUAACCAAUGCAAAGUUUCUGAAGGGGACAGCUCCCUUACCAAAAAAACCAGCAAAAGGGCACCAAAACAGAAAAGGGUACCUACUAUUGCAUUUCAACCCCCAAAAGUUGAAUUUCUUCCUCAGAGAUUCAGUUUUGAUAAGAAGCCAACUGUUCCUGAGAAAUCAGACUUUGAGAGAGAAGUUGAGAACCUUUUCGAUGAAUUUUCAACUGCCAAGGCAUAUGCCAAUGCUUCUACUGAUUCUAAGGCUAAACAAAACAACUGUACAAGAUUUGAUGAUAACAGAAACGAUGUCAUUGAUGAGACUUAUGGUGGUAGUUCAGAAAUGGCAAUUGAUAAUAGGAGAAUAAUUGAUAUGCAGACGGCAUUCAACGAGAAUGAAGCUGCCAAAGGAAACAACUGUUCAAGGUCCACUAAUACACUAAAGAAUGACAAUGGUGAGACAUAUGGUGGUAGUCAUCCUGAACCAUAUAAAAAGAAAGAAGAGGUGAAGAAGCUGAGCACCAAAAAGGGCAUUACAGCACCAAAAGAUUGCAAUGCCUUUACGAUUCUUUUAGAUUCAAUUUAUGACAAGGGAGAAGUAUCAGGGGAAAAGUUACCUCCUUUUGGGGAUGAAUCUCCCAAAGAUGAAGCUCUAAGAUAUGAAGCUCCACGAGAUGAAGCUCCAAUAGUUGAACCUCUUCCGUUGUUUUUCACAUUUGGUCAUCAGCCAAGUCCUCCACCAGAGAAGUCAGCUCACGAGAUAGAACUAGAUAAUCUUUUUGAUGAACUCAAAUUUGCCCGCUUGUGUAACGAGAUUGGUUCCACUGAUUUUAAUGUGGUUGAAAGUAAGCACUCAGCCCCUCCCGGUAAGGAACUUACUCAGCAUGAACUCUGUGGUCAAGGGAAGCACGAACUCGAACUUGAUGAAGAAAUUGGACUUAUAUGUCGAUAUUGCCCUCAUGUGCAUCAGGAGAUCAAGUAUAUUGUACCAGACUUUGCUCCAAACCCUUAUGGAAAAUAUGAGAAGAGGUUCCAUGAAGAAGAUAAUCGGUCUAUCCUAGAAGAUCUUCAGCUUAACGACUGCAACGAUUCUGGCUUUAGCUCCCAUGCUCAUACUGAAGGCACUGUGUGGGACUUAAUCCCUGGCGUUGAAAGUGAUAUGUAUCCUCAUCAGCGUGAAGGUUUUGAAUUUAUUUGGAGUCACUUAGCUGGUGGAAUUGAGCUCGGAAAGUUGGCACAACCUAGUGCUUAUGAUGGUGAUGGAUGCAUUAUAUCACAUGCACCUGGAACUGGGAAGACUCGUCUGACUAUCAUCUUCAUCCAGUCAUACAUGAAUUUCAACCCAUCAAGCAGGCCACUCAUAGUUGCUCCACGUACCAUGCUGCUUACUUGGGAAGAGGAGUUUAAGAAAUGGGGUUUCGACAUUCCCUUUCACAAUCUUAACAAUCUUGAGUUCACUGGGAAAGAAGAUGCAGCAGCUCACAAUCUUGUGAAGGAUGCUAAAAGAUAUGUGGAGCUUCUGUCAAGAAAGGAAAACUUGAACAACUUUCUGCAAGACGUGUAG